UGGCUCAUUCUAAGCAGUACACAAAGUUGCACAAAACCAGUUUACCGGCUUUGGGUCAAGGCCUUACAGUUGAGCGUGGAAAUCUGACGACUACGGACUGUCUUAGCAUCCAGCAAAAAUGAGUGAAUUUCACAAAAUAAACAGAGAAACUCUCCAGAAAUUGAAAGAUGUUGCCAAUAAAUUAAGGAUUCAUAGCAUUGAAUCAACUGACGCAAGUAACUCAGGACAUCCAACAUCAUGUUGUUCCAUGGCAGAGAUAAUGUCUGUAUUGUUUUUCAAUACUAUGAGAUACACCAUCGCUGAACCACGAGGUGCUUCUAAUGACAGGUUUAUAUUGUCAAAGGGUCAUGCAGCUCCAAUCCUGUAUGCAGCUUGGGCUGAGGCAGGACUAUUCCCAACUGCAGAGCUUCUGAACUUACGUAAAUUAGACAAUGAUCUUGAGGGACAUCCAACACCUAGGUUGAAUUUUGUUGAUGUAGCUACUGGAUCACUGGGUCAGGGAUUAAGUUGUGCUGUUGGUAUGGCUUACAUGGGAAAGUAUAUAGACAAAGCAAGUUACCGUGUGUUUUGUUUGAUGGGAGAUGGCGAGAGUGCUGAAGGAUCAGUGUGGGAAGCCAUGGCAUUUGCUAGUUAUUACAAACUGGACAAUCUAGUGGCCAUCUUUGAUGUCAACCGUCUUGGUCAGAGUGAUCCAACAAGUCUUCAGCAUGAAGUAGCAACCUACAAAGCAAGAGCUGAGGCUUUUGGAUUUAACACUUACAUUGUUGAUGGACAUGAUGUUGAGUCUCUAUGUAAAGCUUUCCAUGAUGCUUCUACAGUAACUGGUCGUCCUACCUGUUUAGUGGCUAAAACAUUCAAAGGCAAAGGUAUUCCAGGAAUUGAAGAUCAAAUGAAUUGGCAUGGAAAAGCUCUAGGUAAAGAGUCAGCUAAUGCCCUAAAGGCUAUUAAAGAUAACAUGUCCAACCAGGGACCUCAUGGACUAAAACCUGCUGCUAUUGUAGAUGAUGCACCAGCAGUCAGUAUUAAAAAUGUGGCUUUAUCUGAACCUCCAAAUUACAAGAAAGGUCAAACAGUAGCCACCAGAGCAGCCUAUGGCACAGCUUUAGUCAAAAUAGGAAAGAAUAAUAACCGUGUAGUGGCUAUGGAUGGUGAUGUCAAGAACUCCACUUUCUCCAUCAAAUUCAAGGAAGCCUUCCCAGAUCGAUUUAUUGAAUGUUUUAUCGCUGAACAAAAUCUAAUAGGAACUGGCAUAGGAGUUGCCUGCCGUGACAGAGCUGUUGUUUUUGUCAGCACAUUUGCCUGUUUCUUGAGUAGAGGGUUUGAUCAAAUCAGAAUGGGAGCUAUAUCUCAAACCAAUGUCAAUUUUGUAGGAUCACAUGCAGGUGUCUCUAUUGGUGAAGAUGGUCCAUCUCAGAUGGCAUUAGAAGACAUUUCCAUGUUUAGAAGUAUCCCAGGCUCUACAGUAUUCUAUCCCAGUGAUGCUGUGUCCUGUGAGAGGGCUGUAGAACUGGCUGCCAACACAAAAGGUGUUACAUUUAUCAGAACUAGUAGACCAAACUCUGCAGUUUUGUAUGAUAAUGAAGAACCAUUUGCUGUGGGCAAAGGAAAGGUAGUGCGAGAGAGUGCCAAUGAUGCAGUAACUGUGAUUGGUUGUUGUGUUACAUUGGAAGAGGCCCUGAAAGCUGCAGAUAAGCUGGCUAUUGAUGGUAUUAACAUCAGAGUAGUUGAUCCAUUUACAGUGAAACCAAUAGAUGCUGAACUUAUUAUCAAAUGUGCCAGAGCAACAGGUGGAAAGAUCAUCACUGUGGAGGAUCAUUAUCCAUUUGGUGGUCUUGGUGAAGCAGUAUGCUCAGCAGUUAGUGAAUGUCGUGACAUCACUGUCAAAAAAUUAGCUGUACAGGAUAUUCCCCGUAGUGGCAAGUCAGCAGAAUUAAUUGAGCGUUUUGGAAUCAGUGCUAACUGUAUCGUUAAAGCUGUCAAUCAGAUUUUGUCUGCAUAGAUCUUGGAAUGUUUAACCUGUUUUUAGUGACCUUACAUUUCUAGUUGUGUCAUCACAUUUUUCAAGACAUUUAUGUUUUUGAUGAAUUCUAAUAGAGAUUUAGAUAAUUAUUAUUUGUUAAAAAAAUAUACAGUGAGUAAAAUUUGAUAUUUCUGUUUUUGAAUAAUUUAUAUUUUGAUAUGUAAAAAUUCCAUUCUUUACUAUUAAAGAUGGUCUUUGUUUUGUAGAAGGUGAAUUUUUGAAUUAUUAUCAUGAAAAAGGUAUUUAGUAUUGUAGUAAAUGAGUUAAACAUAAUCAGGAGAAUAUAGAGUUGUAGUAAUAUUGUAACAAUAAAAAGAUAAGCAUUCUCUAAUCAAAAUUGUAAAAUUAAUAGCUAUGAAACUGCAUAUUUUUACUAGCUUCUUUAAAAAGACAAUAUUAACCCUCUGUUGAUGUAAGUAUUAUUAUUCAUGUCGUAUUGAUACAACCUUAGCCAUUAUUUCAUUUAGAAUAUAUCUAUGUGACUUAUAAUAAUUCUGAUAUAUAAAGUGCUAUACUAAGUAUAGUGAUCUGCGAACUGUAUAUGGUAGCUAUCAUUUUUUUUCACAAUUGUUGUAAACAAAACAAAACAUAUUUUAUCUUAAGUUUCACACAACUAAAUAAAAGACCGGUUUUUAAUAGUUGAAAAUUAUUAAGGCUGUUUGAUAUUUAGACAUUAUCAAACACCAUAUCAGAUGUUAAUUGAAAUUAUUUCUUAAAGCUUUAGAAAGAACUAGCUUUUUCUAUAUAUUUCUUUUUCAUGAUGUCUGUUGCAAAUAUGAUUUGUAAAUAACAGAUUAAAAACCAAUAGGUUUUAAAAAUAUCUGUAAAAAAAAAUUAGUAUGUACUGAAAAAUGACAGCAACCAAUAUAGUUUGCACAUAACAUACUUCUAACAAUUAUAAGUGCUAAACAGCUUAAUGUUAACAAUAUGUUAGUUGUUUAUAUAACCCUGUUAAUGUUAAUCUGUGGUUACAUUUGAUAUAAUAAAAUAUUGUUCUCAA